CAGUGUGUCCCCAUCAUGAGGUUUUGUGCCUGAAUGAGGCCUCCGUCAGGUGUGAAACAGCAGGAUCUGUACCUUCCAGAGUAUAAGGGAGCAUGUUCUGUGGGGGUUCAGUCAAUAUUUUCUUUUUCAGGGGAUGAACAAUCAGUACGUCCGCCGGGAGGUCUUCUGCCGGAACACCUGUCACGAGCUCAAACGCUUCUGGGAAAGGGAAAUUGGCAAACAGACUUACUACCGAGAAUCAGAAGAACAUCGCCUGGGAAGAAGUGCACUGAGAAAGCUCAGGGAAGAAUGGAAGCAGAAAGUGGACACAAAGCUGAGACUACGCAGCAAUCCAGAUGAGACAGAAAAGCAGGCUAACGUUGGCCAAGAGCUUCAUUGA